AUGGCGGGUGCUGUCAACACGUGCCCUUUCUGCUAUGCGAACUUUCAACUCUUCCAGGAGACAGUCGAGAUUGCUCAAAAGAAAUGGGAUGCAACCGCGAAGAGCUUCACAGUUCCCACGGAUGUGCUCAGCGUGAAGACAAUCAAAUAUGGCUCCAUGGACUUGACCACGAAGAAGAACGAUUACUUUGGCAUCCGUGCCGGUGAUUCCAUUGGCGUCCGCAUCCUGAACGUCGAGCCCUCAAGUGCAAACAUUGGGGGAUUCAACUACUACGACUACGCAACCCUGGUGCAGGACAUAGUUAAAGUAAUGCAGGAUCCGCGCAACCAGGAUGCAACGGGCAAGGUGCUGAAGUGGUUCGAUUAA